AUGGUCUCCCACCACGUCCCUUUAUCCUGCUGCAAGAACUCCCAGGAUGGGAGCUGCAUCUGCGCUGCCCAGGCAAAGUGCUCCUGCGGCAAGGAGAACGCACUCCACUGCACAUGCGACAAGGCUUCUUCGGAGAACACCAUCACCGGUUCCAGAUGUUCAUGCCGCGCGCGACCAGCUGGACAAUGCACCUGUGAGAGGGCAGCAACGGAAAACCAGCCUGUGAGUGGCGAUGCUUGCCCUUGUGGCAGGAGGCCUUCUUCUUCCUGCACAUGCGAGAAAGCUGCAGCUGUCGACACUGCUGCCGAAGCCUUGGAGACCGAUUUCACCUCACGCCAUCCCCAUGAUUAG